GCUGCGGUCGUGCUGAUGGAGGGCCUUCGGGUGGUGGGGCAGGAGCGGCGCGCUGGGCUGCGGGGGUUCAGUGCGCGGGGCAUGUGCAGGGCGGUGGACGGCGACACGUGGCUUUGGGGGGACGAGUUGCCGGACUAUGACGGCCUUCUCGCGAACGUGGUCGAGCGGGAGGCGCGCGGAGAUCAGGGUAGGCGACGUCUGCUGCUGUCCGUGGCGGAGAGGCUGGUUGACAGCGCGCGCGUGAGGGAGCUCAGCGGGUCGGAGCGCGUUGACGCGGAGGCUCUCCUUGUGCGCUUGGGUGUUGCGGCGGCGGCCGGCGGCCGCGAUGGGGGCUUCGGCCGGAUUGGCGGCGUGCUGUGCCAGAAUGCCCUUCGCGAUGCCGCGCACGCGGUUGCCGCGGGGUGCGAUGAGCGGGAGGUUGAGCUGGGCGAGCUGGCGACGAAGAUGCUCCGGCGGCAGGACGUGCUGGGCUACUGGGACGGCAGGGUGGAGGACGCCCUGUCGCCGGAGAUGCGGCCGUUGCACAUGUCCGCGGUGAAGGAGGCUCUGGGGGCAUUGAUUCCGGCUGCACUUCACGGGAGUCUCGAUCGGUUUGUCGCGUCCCAGAAGGACGUUGCGGUGUUGGGGGGGGGGGCGAGCUUCUUGUCCAUGGACCGGUACAGGGUAAACGUGCGGUCGGAGGAUGCUUUGCGCCGCGGCCGGUUCACGGAGGACGUCCUGGAGUUUUUCCUGAAGGUGUUGCAGCGGAUCUGCGGUGUCCUGGCGCUGCCUGUCGCGGUGGCGAGCAAAACGGUUGGUCUGCAUGCCGGGCGGGCGGAGUCCGCGGAGCAGUUCAGGAAGAUCAUGGGCGGCUGGAAGAAGGUUUGGAAUCGGGCGGAUGUGGCGGGGAAGAAGGAGCUGCUGUUGCCCGUCGCGGUGGACGAGAAGGGGCGCGACUGGUUCUGCGUGUCGGUGAGGUCUGCGUCAGAGGGCGAGGUUUUGGGGCGCGCGGAGCGCCUCGUCGUCCGGGUGUACGAUGAGAUGCGACGGCAGGGUGCGGCGCGUCGAGUGGCCUUGAACUUGGACGCGUUGGUGCGCGGACCCGCCUCGGCGGUGGCGGGCCAGGCGGGGCCGGAGACGAUCAUCGAGGAGGGGGUCCCCGAGUGCCAGGUGUCUCACCAGCGCUGCCUCUGCGCGUUCGGGGUCUUGCUCUCUCUGGUGUCCAGGGCUGCCGGGGAGAGAGGAUUAGACAUGGCGUCGAAGAUGUUCGUGCCAGACGCGGGCCAGGUGGUGGCGGCAGUCUUCGCGGGCUUUCGGACGCGUCUCCGCCAGGAAGGUGCGUCGGACGUUUCUGUCUUGUUGGUCGAGGCGGACGCGUGCAGGGCGGUGCUGCGGUCGCUGGGCCACGUGCCGUCGCUGGUGCGCAGGGGCGACGAGGCCGAGGGGGAGGGCGCGGAAGCAGCGUCAGGCAGCGCCCCCGGGGGGCGGAAUUUUGCUCUGGAGCGGGGCCGCGGCGACGGGGCGACCGCGGGGGUGCGGCUGCGCGUGGGCACGUGGAACGUUGCCGGCGGGUCUUGGUCGGCGCAGGCUCCUCCCAGGUAUGGGUGGAGAGAUCAGAGGGCAGCCUUGGUUGCGGAGAUCCUGGGGUGGCGGAGGGCCUUCGGCUGCGACGUCGUGGCGCUGCAGGAGUGCGAGGGGGCGGGCGCGAUGGGCGAGCUGCUCGACCAGUGCCAGUUCUUGGGCGCCACGCCGGCAGCGGCGACGCGGGGGUACGUCCACUUGUACGUUCGCAGGGGCAUGGAGGCGGAGCGGCUGUUGUGUGAGGCUUCCUCGGCUGCUGGCGUGGCUGCGCGCGUCAGGGUGGCGCCGGGCCGAGGCGGUGCCGCGGCGGACGAGGUCUGCGUCUUGGCAGUGCAUUUGCCUGCCGGGGACAGGGCGGCGCAGCGCGCUGCCGCGCUGGGAGAGGCGCUGCGGUCGCUGGACGAGAGCGGGGCGGAGCGUGCCAGGGUCUUGGUCGUGGGCGACUGGAACGUGCGGGACGAGGAGGUCGCAGCGCUGUGCGAGGCUGAGGGCAUGUGCGAUGCCACGUGCGCUGGGAAGACCUGGGGCGUGAGGUGGAACAGGUUUUUCGCAGAUCAGCAGUACAGCGGCCCCGGGUUUCGUUUUGACCGCGCGAUGUUCGGGGAGAAGUUGUUUGCCCGGGCGCAUGUGAUGGCGCGGGGGCCUGUCGUGUUCGAAGGCGUGCAGUUUUGCGCGUCCGACCACUUCGGGUUGAUGGUGUACGUGGACGUGGCAGACGUCUUUGCGCUGCGAGGCAGGGGGCGCGCGGAGGCAGCCCGGGUGCGGCGCGGGGAGGUGUGUAGGGUCUGUGAGGUCGGCGGGGAGCGAGAGGCGCAGGAGGUCCGGGAUCGCCGGCAGGCUGCCAGGGAUCAGCAGGGGCUUGACAAGGAGAGGGCCGCGGAGAGGGACCGCGAGGCGUUUGCGAGGGGCCAGCAGAGGGCGGCUCGCGAGAGGGCACGCCGGAGGCAGGCGUUGCACGAUGCGGCUUUCGGCAGGGAGUCGCUGUUCGAUCAGGACUUCGUCGUCGAGGCGGAGGGGCUGGGCGAGGGUGUUCAGAUCUCCGCGCCGUCUGCCAUUGUCGUGCCGGGCGCUGAGGAGUGGCAAGACGGUGGAUGGGGAGAGGUCGCCGGCGUACCCGUGGUGGGCAUGGGGAAUUUGGGGAACACGUGCUACGUCAACGGCGUGCUGCAGCUGCUCCUGCGGGUGUCGUCCGUGCACGAGGUCCUUUCGAGACAUGGGCGAGACCAGUGCCCCAGGGCGUUGCUUGGAGAGGAUUGUGUCGUGUGCUUGUUGCGGGAGACGCUGGGGCAGGUCAUGGCGGCGUCGCGCCGCGCAGGGGUGCGGAAGCCGAGGCUCGCGCAGGAGAGGGCGGCGGUGGACGAGCGGUACGGCGAUGACCAGCAGUGGGACGCCAGCGAGUUCUUUGGGCAUUGGUUCCACAGAGCUCGUCAGGUGGAGCUGGAUGCCGGUCGGUGCGUGCCGUGGGGCGAUGGAUGGCUACAUGGGCAGGACGGCUUCCAGGUUACGCACUGGGAUCGCCUGUUCAGGUACGGGUCGGCCGAGAUGGUGUGCGUGGUCCCGCCCGAGGACAGGAGGGUGUCGUUGACGACCUCCGAGCUGUAUCUGCGCGCGUGCGGGCCCGAGGUGCAGGAGGAGGCGGAUCGCCUCGAGUGCCCGAGGUGUGAGUCCCGGCAGGUGCACGUGCUGCAAUGGCGGGUGCGCGAGCCGCCGACGGUGCUCUUCGUGCGGGUGAUCCGCCCCGUGGCGGCGGGGGGCCAGGGCGUAUUGCUGCGCCGGCGCGUGGGCGUGGAGGAGGAGAUCCAGCUGCCGGGGUUUCCGCGCAUGGUGCUGGCGGGGGUGCUUUUUCACAACGGGGCCACGGUGCGUUCUGGGCACUACACGUCCAUGUGCCGCGGGCCGGGCGGUAUGUUUUGGAUGUACGAUGACGCGAAGGUUCAGGCGGUGCAGGGCGGGGUGGGGGAGCAGAAGCCGGCGCAGGGGCGGCUCUGGAUGGCGGGCGUGCAGGCAUGCAUGCAGUCGCAUGCGGCUUAUGAGUGCUGUGUGCGGGCGUGA